AUGCCGUGGGAGCGUGACCAGACAGAAAAUACCGCAACUCCUUACACCUCUGAGAGCGAGAGCAUGGAGAUGAAUUAUCCCCGGGACAAAACGGUAGGCGCGGUCACAUGUCCGAGUCAUCCAGGAACAGAAGGAACAGCCCGGGCGAAGGCGUCACCGCUGCCGUUAAGCCACCUUAAUCGGAACGCAGAAGAGGAGGAGCUCGCAGUGUCGCAGCAAAUCAAGACCAAUUUCGUACAGCAUGCGCGCAAGGACGAGAGCUCCGGAGAGCUCUUCAUGACUGAAGAAGAGUUUAUCAAUGCUAUUGCACCCAAGAACGAAGAUUAUCACAAAAUUCGACGUGACCAAUAUGGGAUCCUCUUCCGAGUCGCAGAUCGUAGGAGGAGAGGACGCAUUAGUUUGAACGACUGGGCCGCAUUCGAGAAUCUUUUAGCAAAACCUGACGCCGAAUAUGAGAUCGCCUUCCGUUUGUUCGAUGUGGAAGGAACUGGCGCUAUCAAGUUUGAGACAUUCAAAAAGCUGUACGACCAAAACAAGGGAUCAGAGACUAUCCCUUUUGAUUGGAAUUCCGAGUGGGCUUCACUGUAUAUUGGAAGAAAGAAGACCCGUCAUGAUAUGACAUACCCCCAAUUUGCCCAGAUGCUUCGCGGACUCCAGGGAGAACGCAUCCGCCAGGCAUUUCACCUUUUCGACAAAGAUGGAGACGGCUAUAUCUCCCCAGAAGACUUUCAGCGCAUUAUUCUCGAGACCUCGAAACAUAAGCUCUCCGAUUACCUCCUAGAUCACCUCCCUACCUUGUGUAACAUUUCGACGGGAAGCAAAAUCUCCUAUGCGAACGUUCGUGCUUUCCAAAAUAUCAUUCGGGAGAUGGAUAUUAUUGAUGUUAUCAUUCGAGAGGCGACCAAGAAGAGCGCCGAUGGAAAGAUCACUCGUGCAGAGUUCCUCAAUGAAGCGGCUCGCAUUACACGUUUCUCGCAGUUCACGCCCAUGGAAGCCGAUAUUUUGUUUCACUUUGCAGGCUUAGAAGCCCCUAGCGGAAGAUUGUCCCUAAAAGAUUUCGCAAAGGUGAUUGACGCUUCGUGGCAAACUGCUGAUCGCGGCCUAGAUUCUCUUUCUGGAGGCAUUGCUAAGGUGGAAGAAACUGCCAAGUCAUUCUUAACAAGCGUUCUCGAAUCCGCCCAUCACUUUGGGCUCGGAAGCAUUGCGGGCGCCUUUGGUGCGUUCAUGGUCUACCCCAUUGAUCUGGUAAAAACCCGUAUGCAAAACCAACGCAGCGUCCGACCUGGAGAAAGGCUGUACAACAACUCGAUUGAUUGCGCCAGAAAGGUCAUUCGAAACGAGGGUAUCGCUGGUCUUUAUUCUGGCGUUAUACCACAGCUGAUUGGUGUCGCCCCGGAGAAGGCCAUUAAACUAACGGUUAAUGACCUGGUUCGUGGCUAUGCAACGGAUAAGGAAACUGGCAAGAUCAAGUUGCCCUGGGAGAUCUUGGCCGGUGCCUCCGCCGGCGGUUGUCAAGUCGUCUUCACAAACCCCUUAGAAAUCGUCAAGAUCCGCCUCCAGGUUCAAGGUGAGCUUGCAAAGAGCGUGGAAGGAACCCCCAAACGUUCCGCGAUGUGGAUUGUUCGCAACCUGGGCCUGGUUGGAUUGUACAAGGGUGCAAGUGCAUGUCUUCUUCGCGACGUCCCAUUCUCCGCUAUCUAUUUCCCUACCUAUGCGCAUUUGAAGUCGGACUUUUUCGGAGAAUCCCCCACACACAAACUUGGCGUUUUGCAGCUUCUCACGGCCGGUGCUAUUGCUGGUAUGCCUGCAGCUUACCUUACUACGCCUUGUGAUGUGAUCAAGACACGUCUACAGGUAGAAGCACGCAAGGGAGAGACAAAAUACACUUCUUUGCGUCACUGUGCUUCUUCCAUCAUGAAGGAGGAAGGUUUCAAGGCUUUCUUUAAGGGCGGUCCAGCUCGUAUUCUUCGUUCAUCCCCUCAAUUCGGUUUCACUCUAGCAGCCUAUGAAGUUCUGCAAAAGCUACUGCCUAUGCCCGGGUCCGAAGAUCACAGUUCACCUAUUUCAACUGGCGAAACUUCCUCGGUGCCGUCAACCACUGCUCCACUUCCCUAUCUUCGAUCACGAAACGCGUUGAAGUUGAUUCUUGAUCUCGAUGACAAUUUUGGCCGCAUCAAAGUACCCAAUAGUGCUUCACUUCCUAAGAUAUUCGGUGGAUCUAAGCAAUAGGUGCACUUUUCUGCCGUUGGACGAUUACUACACGAAAAAGUAUCCCUUCAUUUGAUCAACUUUUGCGGUGCUCUCGAUUCAUACUUGUCAAUAUGCGGGACACAAAAGCUCAUACCUUCUAUCUCCUUCACCCCUUCAAUGUCGAUAUCCCGAUCCGCUAUUGCAUGACAAUGACCGCAAGUUGUCCCUUUCCCUUUUGCAUGCCAUGACAUCUUUUGGAAAUUUUCCUGCGAUUUUGGGAUCUGUACAGAUCACGAUAUACAGUUCCAUUUUGAAGUCGCUGCGGUUUCCCUUUUCCUUUUCACUCAAUUAUCUCAGCAUGUUAGAUGUACUUUUUUUUUCAUAUUUCCCCUUACGUUUCGUGUCUUUCAAAUAGAGAGAUUUUUUUGUAUCCAAGAGCACCAGCAAUACAGCUUGCUGUCAUAGAAUAGACGGGCAGAGGUUCGGUGAUUGGUGCUUUCGCUUGGGAUCCUGCAUCAACCUACUGAGUGGUGGUGUUUCUCUAGAUAGAAAGAAUAUUUGGAUAUGGGUACAUAAUAGAUACAACUUGACAUAC